GAGAAUGUGUGAAAUGACCCCCGCUGAUAGAGCAGUCGGUAACGCUCUUCGCUGUCAGCGCAGCUGGCCGUGGUUCGAAUCCCGGGAUCGGUUGUAACUCAACCGGCCAUGGUUUCGAUUCCCGAUACCGGCGUGACAGGGGGGUUGGCGCGGGGCUAACAAUCCCGUCCGUAAAAAAUUAAAAGUUACAGAAGAGCAUCAGAGAUUAGCAUUGUCUCUGGUGCCAGGCCAAGACUGCUCAGCGGUUGCAGCGCCAAAAAAGAAAAAGAAGAAGAAUGUGUGAAAUUGUUAUCAUCAUUUGAAAGAGAUUGUGGGCAUGAACCUUCUUUCGUCUCUCUGAAGAUUUCCACAUGUCAGAAGUUCCUCGUGGCUGACACCAAAGUAAUUUUCCAUCCUCGUAUUUCGUGUUCUUUUUGAAUUACACUUUCCGCUGUUCUUACUAGAUGACGAUGAUUAUUUGAAAUUCUAAACUCACAUAAAUUUGAUACACCCUGUAAAAAUAUACACUGAAUCAGGUGUUGUAUUUUCAUCUGUUGCCCUUUGUAUUCUGUAGAAGUAGCGCUUGCGUUAUAAACGCAAUACACCGUCAACAGGAAUGUAAACAUUGAACUAUAAUUUCUAUCGUGUUGAGACCGGAUAGUUGAAAGAGUUGAUGUUAUUUUAUAUUGUUAAUCCUCCUCUCGGCAAAGAGUGGUUGUUUGUUAAGGACGUACUAUACUUUUUGUAAUUAUUCACAAUUUCAACGUGAAUCUAGCAAUUGACAUGGAAAGUACAUUCCGGUACAUAGGAAGCUCGUCUUUGAACGAAAAAAUAUCGAUAAAAAUUGGCACAUUGGAAGGAGAAAACGUGGGGCAUUCGUUUGAACAGCUCAUAGAGCAACCAUUGCUUAAAUUCUCCGGAAUGUAUACAGAGAAAACUCCUGCGUUAAAGGUGAAACUUGUCAUUUUUGAUAAUGGAGAAGCGGUUGGAUUGCCAAUUUGCACAUCACAUAAGCAUUUUACCACCCGUUGGAGUUGGAACGAAUGGGUGACAUUGCCGCUACGGUUUACGGACAUUUCACGUAACUCUGUGCUGGGACUAACCAUUUACGACUGCGCUGGUGGCCGAGAGAAGACCACAGUAGUUGGAGGGACGUCGAUAACUUUCUUCAGCACGAAUGGCUUGUUUCGCCAGGGAUUGUAUGACCUUAAAGUAUGGCCACAAGUAGAGCCUGAUGGAAGCACCGAUUCCUCGACUCCGGGAAAAUGCGCAAAUGCUGGCGUUAGUCAGAUGCAGCGACUUUCGAAAUUGGCUAAAAAACAUCGAAACGGACAGAUGAAUAAGAUUGACUGGUUGGAUCGUCUUACCUUCCGUGAGCUGGAGGUUAUCAAUGAGAUGGAAAAACGCAAUUCGCAGUUUCUGUAUCUGAUGAUAGAAUUUCCUCGAAUAUUCAUAGAAGAAAAGCUGUGCUCAGUAAUUUAUCUCGAAAAGAAUGUGCAUUCCAUCUUGACUCACACAUUGAAACCAAAGAUAGUGGUUGUUCCUGAUUGCGAAAUAGAUCAGGAAAAUCUCGUAGAGCGGAAACACCAUCGGCUUUCACGGUCGGCAAGGGCUGGGACUUCGGACAGAGAUGUCAAACCUAACGCAAUUGUACGGGACACAUUGAAUUCCAUCGUUUAUCGAUACUCACCGACGUACCCGCUGAGCAGCGAAGAACAAGACAUAAUUUGGAAGUAUCGAUUCUAUCUUAGUACUCAUAAGAAAGCUUUGACCAAGUUUUUAAAGUGUGUUAACUGGGAAACCAUGACGGAAGUGCGGCAAGCGUUAGCUUUGCUUGAAAGUUGGGCUCCUAUGGACGUGGAAGAUGCGCUUGAAUUACUCAAUUCUAGUUUUCGCCAUCCCGUAGUCAGAAAGUACGCCAUCACUCGACUGAACGAGGCCUCGGAUGAAUAUCUCUUACUAUAUUUACUGCAACUCGUGCAAGCCUUGAAAUACGAGUUGUUUGAAGAAGUGCAUUAUGUGUCCAAUCGUGAAUUUACUAAAGGCAGAGAAAUAUUCCAUUCGUAUGAUGAUUCCACUGUGGCUAAAUAUGAAGAUGCACUCCAGGAAUUAGGAACACAAAGGAAAACCGAUGUGACGCAUCGCUGCGAACCCAGCAAUGUAGACAACUUGGCCAAUUUUGUGAUUCAUCGUGCCUGCAAAGACCCUGUUUUAGCCAACUAUCUUUACUGGUAUUUAACCAUUGAGUGUGAAGACGAAAAGAGCAGCAAGCAAGAUGUAAAAAUACGUGAAAUGUAUGUUAACGUCCUUCGGAAGUUUUUGAAUGAUUUGUAUACAGGAUCACCCGAAAUGAAAACCAUGCACGCUCAGUUAAAAGAACAGCAACAUUUUGUUGAUCGACUUGUAACACUAGUGAAAAUUGUUGCAAAGGAAUCGGGCAAUCGAAAGAGAAAGACGGAAAAGUUUCAGCAAUAUUUGGCCGAAUCCAGUUCGUCAGGUUCAGCUAAGAUUAACUUCAACCAUUUUGGACCAAUAGUCUUCCCUUUAGAUCCAGAUGUGCAGAUCGUAGGAAUCGUUCCAGAGAAAGUGUCGUUGUUCAAGAGUGCACUGAUGCCAUCUAAGCUCACGUUUCUUACCACUACCGAUACAGAGUACGUCGCUAUUUUUAAGCAUGGUGACGAUCUUCGGCAAGAUCAGUUAAUACUGCAAAUGAUUACACUAAUGGACAAACUGCUACAAAAAGAGAACCUCGACCUGAAGUUAACUCCCUACCGGGUGUUGGCCACUAGCUCAAAACACGGUUUCAUGCAGUAUGUCGACUCAGUCACAGUUGCCGACGCUCUUACUUCCGAGGGAAGCAUACAUAAUUACUUCCGCAAGUUUAAUCCUUGUGAAACAGGUCCAUUCGGCAUAUCGGCCGAGAUAAUGGAUACCUAUAUUAAAAGUUGUGCAGGAUACUGCGUAAUAACUUAUCUAUUAGGCAUCGGAGAUCGACAUCUUGACAAUCUACUGCUAACGUCAUCAGGAAAGUUAUUUCACAUUGAUUUUGGUUAUAUUCUCGGUCGCGAUCCGAAACCAAUGCCCCCGCCAAUGAAACUGAGCAAGGAAAUGGUCGAGGCCAUGGGAGGUAUUAGCUCCGAGUACUACCACACAUUUCGCAAGCUAUGCUACACCGCAUUUUUGCAUCUUCGCCGUCAUGCAAAUGUUAUGCUUAAUCUGUUUGGCCUAAUGGUAGAUGCAUCCGUGCCAGAUAUUGCACUAGAACCAGAUAAAUCUGUUAAAAAAGUUGAAGACAACUUACGACUCGAUCUGUCUGAUGAGGAAGCUGUACAACAUUUACAAAACCUACUAGAUAUUUCUAUCACAGCUGUUAUGCCUGCCCUUGUCGAGCAGAUACACAAGUUGGCCCAAUAUUGGCGUAAGUAAUGACUAAACUAUGUAGAUUGGUCGACCCGAAGAAAAUUUGACUCAUUAAGCAAGCUAACUAUAAAAAUAAAGCCAAUCAUGUUGGAAAUAACUUGAACAUAUCUUUCACUGAGGCAGGAGAAGAAAAACUCACUUCCAAAUUUAAGUUAAGUGGAAGCCAAAUUCUUAUAAUUAUCCGUCGACUAAAGAAUACAAAGGACUAGGCAUCGACGGGAUUGUAGUCGAAAUCUUCAAGAAUGCAAAAGAUAGAAUAAAGAAUCAAAUUCAUCAAAUCAUGGCUGAGAUACGGGCGAGAUAGCGAAUCGAUGCCUUGUGAGUAGGAUUUUGGUUCUCAUCUAUUGUCUAGUUGGUAACUAACAGGAAGGAUUCCGAAUAGAAAAAUCCACCAAUAAUAUUGGACCUUCGAUCUUAGGUCUUCAUAAUGCGGCAGCUCCUUGGGAAGUUGAUUGAGGCUUAGCUAGUCUCCUUUUCGACAUCGCCCUGGAGCGUGCCAUUCAGGAGUAUUAAGUGGAGUUCGCAGGACUCGUAAAGUCUUCUUAAGCCGUCUAGGUGACCAGAGAGCCCAGAGAAUAUUCACAGUUGAAUCGCUCACUUACGAAUCGAAUAUUCACAGUUCGCUUACGGUUGAAUCGAAAAAUUCUCUCUUUAAAACCAACUAUCAAUCUAUUAAUUUAAUAUAAGUUACCUAUUAACUGUCAGCCUUUAAAUAAAGAUACGUUGAAUGUUUUUUUUGAGGAGUAUAAACAGGUCAAAAACCCAA